AUGCUUAAUGCACCACAGGAGAUGUCAUCGGAUCUCCAGCAGAUUUGCUGUAGUCCUUUCUAUAGUGCUAGAUGCAUUGAUGAUUAUAAGGAGAGUGGAGAACUCCAUCGAUGGGACGGUGCCGGAGAGUUAGCAGCUGAUAGGUCUGGUGAAACAUUCUGUCUUAUCGUGCUGAAGCCAUUAAGGUUGACCGGAAUGCUCCAUGUUCGCUUCAGAGUCGUGGAGUAUGGAGCGUGGAGGACCACCAGUUUUCGGUACUGGAGCUUGAAAGACGCCUCCGCCGUAGUAGUGUUACUGUCUGCCAGGACACAGAUCAAUAGGAGCAAAAGUACAGAUAUAUAG